GCCGACCCUCUGUGAUUUCUGCACGGGCGACCAGCUGUUCUUUGCGUAGUGUGAGUGAGUAAUUGUUGGCCAUUUUGCUUUGCUGCGGCUCGAUCAGGGGCGUAGUUUUACAAGCCCACGCCUGAAGGCACUUCAACGGCGUCUCUCCCAAAACACUGAUGGAGACCUGCUGGCUCGCCAUGUCAUCGCUGAUGACUCUGGCUGUCCUGGACGCCAGCACUCCAGCCCGGCGAGCGCCCGUUAAGAUCCAUGUUGACGCUGGCGUCACUGUCGGACCUCUGGCCCAUUUCUGGACAUCCACCGGAUUCUGCCCGCCAGACCCGCACCAGGACUCAGGUCAGCUGGUGAACCGUGACGUCACCACUAGCCUGGCAUUGAUUGGCGGCCUGCCCUGGAGGGGUCUGCAGCAGGUGCGCGUGCACUGGCUGCUCGACCUGAUCAAAGCCGGGAAUGGCGUUGGCGGUAAUCAAUACAACUUCACGUUUAUGGACGCCUUUUUGGAUUCAUUGGUACAAAAUGGCCUACAACCGGGCUUUGAGCUUAUGGGCAACCCUGCCAACGAGUUCUCCGACUUCCUAGACGAAGGCCAGGUGGUGAAGUGGACAUCUCUCAUCCAAACAAUAGCCAACAGAUACAUAGCGCGCUACGGCGCCGAGGAGGUGCGCUCCUGGAACUUCGAGACCUGGAACGAGCCAGACCACCACGACUUUGACGGACUGAACAUCACCGAAACAGGCUACCUACGCUACUUCGCCGCCAGCCGCGCUGGUCUGCAGGCCGCCGACCCGUCCCUGCGGCUCGGUGGGCCGGGCGGCUCGUGCCGCGCGCCACGUUUCGUCGCCCUCUGCUGGGCGCUGCUCGGCCGCGCUCUGGCGGCUGGAGAGCUCGACUUUGUCUCGUUUCACCGCAAGGGCGCGCAGGAGGUGCGCUCCAUCUUGUUGUCUGAGCUCGUCACGCUGCAGAAGAUGCGAGCACACUUUCCGCGCAUGAGCGGAGUGCCCGUCUUCAAUGACGAGUCGGACCCAGAGAAGGGCUGGUGGAGGCCCAGACGCUGGCGAGCUGACGUCACGUACGCGGCCAUGAUCGCGUCCAACGUCAUCAUCCACCAGCGGUGGAAGCAAGCCACCGGCGAUAAAUACGGUUACAGCCUACUCAGUAACGACAAUGCCUUCCUCAACUAUCAUCCCCACUACUUCCAGCAGCGAACCCUGUUCGCCAGGUUUCAGAUGAACCGGACCAGCGACCAACACUCGGAGUUUGUACUGAAGCCGGCUUUCUCCGUGAUGGCUCUGCUGUCGCUGGUCGGCAGUCAACAGCUUCAGGAGUCCGUCGGACGUGAGCCCAGCACAAUGCACCUGCUGCCAUCUGUUGGCGACAGCGGGAGGUCGCUGACAACGCUGAUCAGCAUGGGAGACUCCGCAGCAAUUGAUGACCGGCUGACCAGUAUCCGACUGCACAUCAACAAUAUCACCUGCACGCACAGACAGAAGUGGAUGUACGCCGUAUACGUCAUGAGCAAUCACCUCACGAAUCCAUACCGCGCCUGGAUACAGCACGGCAGUCCAGUGUACCCGACCUGGAAGCAGCUGCGCGCCAUGCGCCAGGUGCAGGGCGUGAGGCGACUGUAUGCGCCCCUUCCGCUCACCUCUGGCCAGCUCCUCUUGAGACUGCACCUGCGGCCGCCCGCCGUGGCGCUCGUACACGCAUGCGCCGUGACCGGCCAGCCGGGUCGGGUCACCGAUCUGCGGACGCUCAACGUCACGCGCGGCGCUGUUCUCCUUGUCUGGGACGACUCCAGGGUCCGCACGAGGUGCAUUCGAACUUACGAGGUCCAGUUCCGCACCGGUGGCAAUCUGACAUUCCAGCGUAUCAACGAGGCGGACACCAUAUUCAACCUGUUCCAGUGGUUUCCGGGCAUGUCAGAUGGCAAGGCCUCGGUGAGAGGGUCGUACCGGGUGAGAGCUGUGGAUUACGCUGGCACUCCGGGGCCGUUCUCAUCGGUCGUCGUCUACUGAGCUGCAUGGCCGAACAACGGAUGUACCCGGAGCAUGGACUGCUAGUCUUAGACUGGUGAAAGCAGUGGCCAAGGUAGAGGCGGAGCAGCGUGCAGAUCAGCAAAAAGCAAUACAUCAAUAGA